AUAAAAUCUCCUACAGUACGACCCCCGCCCCCCCAAACCCCCAAAUCCAGCUCAUCGGGUCACCGUCCUAAACCCGACACGUUCUCUCAAAAUCCACCAUUUCUUUUCUCCCAAAUUUCUCAAUAAAACCACCAUACUAAAAAAAAUUCAGAUCUUUUAAUUUGGUAAGUAGGCAAGUGUUGUAGUGAUGAAGAUACAGUGUAACGUGUGUGAGGUUGCAGAAGCGAAUGUUUUGUGUUGUGCAGAUGAGGCAGCGUUAUGUUGGUCAUGUGAUGAGAAAGUACAUGCUGCUAAUAAACUUGCUAGUAAACAUCAGAGAGUUCCUCUUUCUGCUUCUAAUUCUUCUAUGCCUAAGUGUGACAUCUGUCAGGAAACAGUUGGAUAUUUCUUUUGUCUCGAGGAUCGGGCUUUGCUUUGCCGAAAAUGUGAUAUUGCUAUUCACACGGCUAAUCCUCAUGUCGCAGCCCACCAAAGAUUUUUGCUGACUGGAGUAAAAGUAGGACUUGAACCAGUUGAUCCUGGUGGUGCAUCAUCCUCAGGGACGUCACAGUCCAUUCAGCCAGAGUCUGCUCCACUUUCCAAACGAAGUGCCCCAGUAUCAUUGGAUGCUCAAUUUAACAAAGUAUUACCAACACAGGCUAGUGGGGUUGGGGAUUUUGCUCCUAGUAAAUCCCCGUUUGCUGGAGGUUCUGCAGCUGGGAGCAUGCCACUAUGGCAGUUUGAUGAAUUUAUUGGUCUGAAUGAUUUCAAUCAGAAUUAUGGAUACAUGGAGGAUGGAUCAUCUAAGGCGGAUAACGGCAAGCUCGGAGAGUCAGACUCCUCAUCAAUCUUAAGAUUUGAAGAUGAAGAACUAGACGGUGAUGAGUGCUUGGGCCAGGUGCCAGACACAUCUUGGGCAGUGCCACAAGUUCCAUCUCCACCUACGGCCUCUGGACUUUACUGGCCCAAAACUUACCAGAAUCCAUUUGACUGUUCAAUGUUUGUGCCUGACAUUAGUUACUCCCCUUCGUCGAACCUUCAACAGCAACCUCCAAGCGGUACUCGUUUGAAACGAAGAAGGCAAUGUUAGUGCAUUUACUUUAAGCUUUUUCACUCACGUUAGUGAUAGGUGUUUCAAAUCCGUAAGCUGUUCACUCACUUUUGUGAUAGGUGUUUCAGAUCCCUAAGCUUUUCAUUCACGUUAGUGAUAGGUGUUGUUUAGAUAGAGCGGUGUGUGGUAGUCGAAGUUUGAGUUGAAGUUGUUUGAGCAAUUGAGUAAUGUGUGUUUCUCCUUGGUAAGUAAUCUGCACUGUUUGCUGCAGUUACAUAGAACUCACUUAAUGCCAAUAGUAUAUUAGUUCUACUCCAAUCCUCAGAAGUUGUACAAGAAAUGAAGAUGUGUAAGCUGAAUUCUGACAAUUUUGGCUAUUGUAUCUUCUUAGUUUACCCCUUUUCACUUA